AUGAGUUACCCCCGUAAUCCCACUGAAGAAUUUCUCGAUCCGUUCAUGUAUUUCCCCGGAGAUUUGGAGCCUCCAACAACCAACAGAGGAAGGUCGUCAUACUACAAUUCCCCCGGAGCCUCCUAUGCUGAAAGUGAACUCUCUCUUGGAUUGGAAGCCAGUCGUCUAUGGGAAACCAACCGGAUUUCACCCAGGCUUGAUCACCCAGGAGCACCCGAAAGUAGCACGGGUCAACCUUCGAUCACGGGAGACCAGAGAGGAAGAGAAAUGUGUAAUUUAGGAGAAGACGGCGAUGAUAACGAUGAUGAUGAUGUAGACGGAUAUUCAGAUCGCAUUCGGAUCACGGGGGAGGAACGCGUGUUACCGAAUGGUGAAGUGAUUGUCAGUCUUAAUGAAAAUCAACCAAGCAGUUGGAAUACACGAAAAUCCGGUUCAACUAAUCCAAUGACGGCAGGUUUUAGUCUCCUCUCCUAUGAUCAGCCCUAUGCCGAAGAAAUAAAAGUGAUGUUGUUUGACAUAGCCCACAAAGAAUUGAAACCGGAUGAUUGGAAGAAGCUGGCCAGUUUCUGGGGAUUUCGACAGGAACAUAUUGCCGCUAUCGAAUACCAGGAUUCCGGCAAAAGUUCCUAUAAAGAUCAUGGGUACCGUGUUCUGACCAUAUGGUUACACGGUGUCGACCGUUCCAAAUCACCGAUCAACGAAUUGUAUAUGGCACUGAUUGCCAUCGGUCGUAACAAGCUGGCGCAGAAACUUCGUUCUCGGGUCGAACAUGCGAAGAAAAAGAAAGGUUGCCGAGUUCAAUAA